UAUUAGAAAGAUGUCUCAACAUUUGUCACCAAAAAAGGUGGCAAAAAAAAAAGCGGUUAAAAAGCCUACACAUCAUGCUCCCUACAACGAUAUGAUUAUUGAUGCUAUUAAAUCGCUUAAAGAACGUAAAGGAUCUUCGCGGCAAGCAAUUACCAAGCAUGUCAAAGCUCACAACAAAGUUGGAGAAAACGUUGAUUUGCAAGUGAAGAUGAAUCUGAAGCGAAUGGUUGCUAACAAAACCUUGGUUCAAAUGAAAGGAACAGGCGCAUCUGGUUCAUUUAGAAUAGGUGCUAAAAAAGUGGUUAAAAAGCGACGGUCUAUAAGCAAAAAAACCAAGAGAAAGUCGCCCAAAAAAAAAUCAGCAUCUGCAAAAAAAUUAACACCUAAAAAGAAAACAAAGAAAACCAAGAAAAUUGUAAAAAAGAGCCCUAAAAAGAGAAGUUCUGCAAAAAAACAUCGAGAUAAAAAAGUUAAAAAAUCCCCUAAAAAAUUACCAAAAAAAUCACCAAAAAGAAAACUUGCAGUAUAACCGUUAAAACUUUAUGCAUUUUUAUUUGUCUGUUUAGUAAAAUAUUAUUUAAAACUGAGUAUGAUAUAUAAAACCGCAAUUUUUAAACAAGUCAUUUAAUAGACUUUGCAUUUUAUUGAAUUAUUUCAAUAAUUUCAUGUAAAUAUAUAUUGUUAUUAUAAUGUUGUAAAUAUUAUUUUAAAAAAACAAUAUUUGA